AUUUCGGUUAUGAAAAGUGUUAGGACUCAAAGUAUAGUUCUUUGAUCUCUACGAAUACAGGACGGAUUACUGAGAAAAUACCGAUUUUGUUGAGGAAUCAGAUUAUGAGAGACGCAAGAAUUGGAACAAACAUAAUAAUUAAAACAGAAAAGUGCAAUCUGUGGUAUUGUUAUUGAUUUACACUUUCGCAACAUCGAUCAGACAACGGACUUUUGAGUGCAAUAAUAAUUGUGCAACUUCCAGUAUGGAUUUGUCACUGAUUUAUGUGUGUAUCAGCAUUUUGUACAUAGGUAUCACUUUAGCGGAGUAUAACGAGAAAACUGGUUUUGUGAACGCCCAGGGAGUGCCGAACGGUGGGAUGGACAUCGCACCACCAUCGUUUGAAGAAAUUCGGAAUUUUGGCACUGCAAAAAGCGGUGAUGCAUUCACAAACAUUUUGAAAAGAAAUGAAGUCGUAAAUUCAACUGAGUUGUGUCUGGAGCAGGGGGACAUCCCCGUUCCGUGUAACAGCAACAAUCGUCAAAGACGAAAUGCACUACGCAACCGAGGAGCGAGGUGGAUUAAUGGGAUCGUUCCAUACGUUAUCGACGGCUACUACGAUCGCGCAACAAGACAGCGCAUCCUUCGAGGGAUAGAACGUUACCACGAGGAAACAUGUAUCCAAUUUGUUCAGAGGACAAAUGAACAAGACUACAUUCACAUAUUUCCUGGGAUCGGGUGUUAUUCCCUGGUCGGUCGUGUCGGGGGACAACAGCAGGUUUCUUUGGGAGUUGGAUGUACUACGAUCUUGGGUACGAUCAUCCACGAGCUUAUGCAUGCUAUUGGAUUUCACCACGAGCAAACACGAACAGACCGCGAUGAUUUCGUCUACAUCUACUUCCGAAAUAUCAUAAGUGGUCUGGAGUACAACUUUGAUAAGUACGAGCAAACCUCCAUUGAUCAUCUUGGUACCCCUUACGAUUACUUCUCUGUGAUGCACUACAGUAUGUACGCUUUCUCUAGAACUCCGCAGGUUGACCCAACAAUCGUGGCUCGUGACACGAGGUACCGACUGGAUUAUCGUACCGACUUCAGCGAAAAUGACAUCAGGAAGAUCAACAUCUACUAUGAAUGUCCCUCAAAAGACGAGACCACUGUCAAACCUCCUGCGCCGGAUGAAGAAUGUAUGGAUAUGAAUCAGGGUUGCUCUUUCUGGACUGAAUAUUGUGAUACUAACCGCUGGGUUAGUACCAAUUGUAAGCUCAGCUGUAAAGUCUGUACUCCGACUACCACGACUACGGGAACCGGUGGAAAUGAUGAUUGCACAGACAAUCAUGAUAAUUGCGAACACUGGGCUGGAGUGGGAGAAUGUGAAGUCAACCCUGCUUGGAUGUUGGUUAACUGCAAAGUUAGUUGUGAUGAGUGUGUCACCGGCACAGAAAAUUGCAAAGACCAGGACGAGAAUUGUGAAGUGUGGGCCAAGUACAGACAAUGCACUGAAAACCCAAGUUACAUGUUAGAGUUCUGCCCCCGUUCAUGUGGACAGUGCGGUGAUGGCGGCUUCAUGGAAGCCUGUGAAGAUUACCACGAGAACUGUGAACACUGGGCCAGUAUUGACCAGUGUCGACUAAAUCCCGGAUACAUGAACUACGAGUGCAGGAAAAGCUGUAAUCUCUGUGCUGCGAGCUCGCCGCUGGAUUUGGUACCUCAAACUCAAUGCCAAGAUACCAGUGGUUACUGCAGUGUUUAUGCUGAGGAAGGAAUGUGCGAGUCAAGUCGAGACUACAUGAGCCUCACCUGUCCCGAUACUUGCAGCAUGUGUCCUGAUAAAUCUUAUCCCCCCAAUAAUGGGGGCUGUGAACUUCGAUCUUUCUUCGGCUUUCUUGGCGUCUUAGUCGUACUCUCUCAGAGAUUAGCUAUGUAAUAUAUAGGCCUUUAGGGUAAAAUAUGGUGAUGCUAAAAUAGAAGUAUAUGACGCACCUGAAGGCCCCACAUUAAAGUAGGACCUAUACAUUUAAACUCUUUGAAAUUUCCAGCCGGGGAUGUGGCCCCCAUGCUUCUGAAGGCUUCUUUAUAGUCUGUUGGGGUAUAAUUUUGACAUUACAUUGUUUUUUUUUUUUCUGUUUUUAUUAUAACAAAUUGAAAUAAAUCACAAAAUUUACAAAUGAUUAUUGAAGUUAUUCAUGACCUUAUCCUUCAUGACAAAAGUAAUGAUGAAAAAUAGUUAAACGAACUCGUAUGAACCUUUACGAUAGAUUAGAUAUAUUAUUUCUUGUAUUUGUUUUUUGUACUUUUUCAUUGCCUUUAUCUGCUAUAACUUUAUGUGCCAAUGUAAUUUUCUUGUAUAUAGACGGAAGAGUAUUUGUUUAAGUUAUUAAAAUUCUAGAGUAAUUUAUGCUAGUGUAAAGAAGUUAAUACAUUGUAUAUAAACCAGGGCGGAUCCAGGAUGGCAGUAGGGAGGUAAUGAUAUUAACCGAUAUUGUAAUUUUUCUGGGGGCAGACAAAUUAGCUAAUUACAGGGUGUGAACCCCGCCAAUCCGCAUUUUACAAAACAGUUUUGUAAAUUAACUCAUCUGCCCCCCCCCCCCGACCCAAAAAAAAAAUUGAUAGUAAAAAAUCAAGCCCUUACUAAGUUGAUAGAUACUGCAAUCAUGGCAAUCCGACAUCUUUCUUCAAUGAAAGCAAGGGGAUGAUGAUAGUUCUAGAGGGGCUGAGGUUCCUGUAUACACUCUAAAAACACUGAGUAAAAGUUUACCCAAUAUUGGGUAGAAAGGGAACAUGCAUGUUUGCUAGGUGUUUUUUUUUUACCCCAUAUUGGGCAAAAUGAAUGUUUUAAGGGUAAAUUUCAACGCAACAUUGCGUAAAAUUCACAAAAUAUUUGGUAUCUUUUUACCCAACCACUGACAUGACUGAACAUGCAUGUUCCAUUUUACCCAAUAUUGUGUAAACUUUUUUUUUAAGUGUAGCAGGAGUCAUGUAUAGCAGGAGUGCAUCGAUAGAAAAUGACGUGUCCGUGCGCAACCUCCCCCUCCCUAGACCCUUAUCUGAUUUAAAUUUUGGUGUAUAAACCUUAAGUUAAGAGGGUUUUUUUUUUAAGUCAACAGUGCAAAUUACCAUAAUCAUCUGAAAAUUUUAUCAAAAAUUAAUUUAAAAAAGCGGUCUGAAAAAUAUUCUCUACCUGUGUAUAUAGUGCAUCAUAUACAGUAUUGUGUGCCGGAAGAAAACUAGUGGAUCAGGUGGUCUAAUAUAAAGAGAAAGAAUUAAUAUUUACAA